AAUAUCUUGUCAAUGCAGGCAUCUUGCGCACUAUCGUCUGCUGUAGCCAUGGAUUCGGCUCCUGCUGCUGCUGCAGGCGGGGUCUGCGUGUGUACGUACGUCUUCGCCGUCAUCGGUGUCGUCUGCUCGGCGUACGUCGCUCUCUCCUGCCUCCGCUUCGUCUGCCGCCUCGUGAAGGUGUACGCUCUCUCACGCCCACUCCAUCUGUACGCCGAUCUGUCCAAGAUGGGAAGCUGGGCAGUGGUGACCGGGGCGACGGACGGUAUAGGCAAGCAGUACGCUCUACAGUUGGCCGAGCAAGGCCUUAACAUCGUGCUCAUCGGUCGCUCGCCGGAGAAGCUGAAGGCCACCGAGAGCGAGGUGCGCAUGCGCAGCAACGUGCAGGUGAAGACGGUCGUCGUCGACUACAGCGGCGGACGGGAGAUCUACGAUGACGUCGAGCGAGAGUUGGCGGGACUAGAGAUCGGCGUGCUGGUGAACAACGUCGGUAUGUGCUACGCAUGGAUGUUCGACGAAUUCCUGGACGUGGAGAGAGACUUGCAUCUGCGCAUGCUCAACGUGAACAUGAUGUCCUGCGUUGCUAUGACGUACAUCGUUCUGCCGCAGAUGGUUGAGCGCAAGCGAGGCCUCGUCAUCAACAUCGCUUCCCUGGCCGGCGUUGUCCCUAUACCGUUUAUGGCGACAUAUAGCGCCACCAAGGCGUUCGUGUGUUUCUUCUCGCGAAUACUGGAACAGGAAUACGAAGAGAAGGGCAUCCAGUUCCAGGUGGUGACGCCGGGAUUCGUGUCAACCAACAUGACGUCACAGAUAGAUGUGAAUGCGUGGUGUGUGACGGCGGAGACCUAUGUUCGCAGCGCCAUCGCUACCGUCGGCCUGCAGUCUCGCACCGCUGGCUACCUGAUGCACGAACUCAUGGUUGCCGGUUUUCAAUUAUCCUCCGAAAGAGCGCUGUGCAAAGAAUUGAAGAAUGAGAUGAUAAAGUUUAAAGCCAAACAUUGUAAAUCGGAAUAAUUCGCGACGACGUCACACCGUCGUUUCCGUGACGUCACGCGGGGU